AUGAGCAAUUCAAACGCAAAAAGUAAUUUGCCUUGGGUGGAGAAGUACCGUCCCUCAAAUCUUGAUGAUGUGUUCGGCCAGGAAGAGAUCAUCUCCACCGUGAGAAAGUUUGUACACGAAGGAAGGUUACCACACCUUCUAUUCUACGGGCCUCCAGGUACAGGUAAAACAUCCACAAUUACUGCUUUGGCAAAAGAAAUAUAUGGGCCUAACUACAAAAACAUGGUGUUGGAAUUGAACGCCUCCGAUGAUAGAGGUAUUGAAGUUGUGAGGAAUCGGAUCAAGGAGUUUGCGUCUACGAUGCAAAUUUUCAGUCGUGGGUUCAAACUCAUCAUCUUGGAUGAAGCAGAUGCUAUGACUUCCGUGGCACAAAACUCGUUGAGACGAAUCAUAGAGAGGUACACAAAGAAUACUCGUUUCUGUAUAUUGGCCAACUACUCUCAUAAAUUGAAUCCAGCAUUGAUCUCCAGAUGUACUCGAUUCCGCUUCCAGCCACUUUCUGAAAAUGCAGUAAGGGACCAAAUCAAGUAUGUGAUCGAAAAGGAAAGCCUUAUUAUGUCCAUGAAAGCUGAGGAGGCACUUCUCAAAUUAUCCAAGGGCGAUAUGAGAAGGGCCCUCAAUGUAUUACAAGCAUGUAAGGCCGCUUUAGACUCCGCAAAUGAUGAAAUUGACGAGAAGAUGAUUUACGAGUGUGUUGGCGCACCUGAUCCAGAAGACAUAGAAACCAUCCUAGAUUCCAUCCUACAAGAAGAUUGGACGACAAGCUAUUUAACCUUUGAUAGGUUCAAAAAGACGAAAGGAUUGGCCUUGAUAGAUCUCGUUCAGGCAUUUGUGGAGAUUUUACUGGGAUACGAGCUCAAGUCACAAACCAGAAUUGCAAUUUUGAAAGAGUUAGCUGACAUUGAAUAUGGUGUUUCGAGAGGUGGGAAUGAAAAGAUCCAAACAAGCGCGGUGAUAGGGGUAAUCAAGGCAGCCAUGGAAAACGAGGCCUGA